AUUAUAACACCUUAUAUUAUAACAACAAAAACUGAAAAGCCAAAAAAUAAUAAUAAUAUUAAUAAUAAUACAUUUUUAGUUCAAUUUUUUCUCUUCUUCAAUGGAUAAUAUUGAAGUUCCUGAGUAUUUUAUUUGUCCAAUUUCUCUACAAAUCAUGAAAGAUCCCGUUACGACGAUAACCGGGAUCACCUAUGAUCGCGAUAGCAUCGAGUGUUGGUUGUCCAAGAACUGUAAUAAUCGCACCAUUUGUCCGGUCACGAAGGUGCACGUGCCACGAGGCUCUGACCUGACACCAAACCACACUCUACGGCGUUUGAUUCAGGCGUGGUGCGUGAUGAAUGGAUUCAACGGUGUAGAUUUGAUCUUGAGUAGUACUCCGAAGCCUCCGUUAAGCAAAACGUACGUCCUCAACCUCGUGCUUGAUCUCUCGGUCCCCAGGACGGAGAUCAAGACGUUAGAGAGGUUGGAGGUGUUGGCUAAGGAGAAUGAGAGAAAUAAGAUGUGCAUGGUCGAAGUUGGAGUACAUAAAGCCCUAGUUAAAUUCUUGAUCCAAUGUUACAAGAAAUGUGACACUAAUGGACUUGAAAAAUCCCUAAGUACACUUUCUUUGAUAUGGGGUGAUAAUUAUAAAGUCGAAAAUCGCGAAGAGAUAUUAAUCGAUUCAAUAACGUGGGCGUUAGGUCUUGAUGAUCAUCGCGACAUGCAGAGCCAUGCAGCGAUCAAGAACCACGCGGUGAGCCUACUGAGAUCCAUCAUCCAAAAGGCGAAUUCGACCACAUUGGAGAGACUAAAACCCCAAUUAUUCGAUACAAUAACCGGUUUGCUACGCCAGAGUUACAGUACUACCACCAUCAUCGCGCAAAAAGGGGUCAACGACGCUCUGCAUGUCAUGCUAGACACCAGUCCAUCAGCCAGAAAUCGUAAAAUGAUGAUCGAAUCAAGGGCAAUAUUCGAGCUCAUCGAGCUCGAAAUCAAUUAUUUUACAUCAAAUAAAAAGACCAAAGAGCUUAUUUUUGGGAUAUUAUUCAACUUAUGCUCUUGUGCUGAUGGGAGGGCACAACUAUUAAGUCAUGCAUGUGGAAUUGCUAUGAUUACAAAGAGAAUUUUGAAAGUUUCACCAAUUGUUGAUGAAAAAGGUAUAUUAAUUCUUUGUUUAAUUUCAAAAUAUUCAUCAACAAGUGGGGUUCUACAAGAAUUUUUGAAAGUUAAAGUUGUGUCAAAGAUUUGUACUAUGAUUCAAGUUGAUUGUCCUUCAUAUCUCAAAGAUCAAGCCAGGGAAAUACUAAGAUGUCAUUUUGAUGUUUGGAAGAAUUCACCUUGUGUUGAAGUUGCUACCUUAACAAGGUAUGCUUAAUGAUCAUUUACAAGUUUUUUUUUUUUAAAAAAAUAAUUUAUUUUUUUAGUUUUUCAUUCAGUUUUCUGUAUCUGCUUUCAGACUCGAUUCAUAAUCUGAAUUCGUGUUGGAGAAUUUCAAUUUUGUGAUUUUUACGAGAAUUUUUUUGGUUUUCCAUCUGAUGUCUGAUAUUCAGUUUGAGGUGUGGUUAAUUGAUUUCGAAUCUGAAAUUCCAUUUUGGGUGUAUAUUACAAGUCUUAUUUUGAUGAGAGGGUCUGUAUCUUCUUUGAGACUCGACUGAUAAUCUGAAUUCGUGUCGGAAUA